GCUGUUGUGGAACCGGGUCGUCGAUUCGAGGGGCCGCCGGGACCCCCAGGCCCUGCGGGAGAAACGGGUCCCCUGGGACCCCCGGGACUCCCAGGGCUGCCCGGGGACCCUGGAGAUCAGGGUCCCGCGGGACGGCCGGGGCUGCCGGGAGCCGACGGGAUCCGUGGACCAGCAGGGACCAUGAUCAUGUUGCCGUUCCAGUUUGGUGGAGACUCCCUCAAGGGUCCCACUGUCUCUUUCCAAGAAGCCCAAGCCCAGGCAAUCCUGCAGCAGGCGAAGCUUGCCAUGAAGGGCCCCCCCGGCCCCACGGGACUGACUGGCCGCCCGGGACCGCUGGGUCUACCUGGACACCCGGGGCUGAAAGGAGACGCAGGGGACAUGGGGCCACGGGGCCCUCGGGGAGUGCAGGGACCACCAGGGCCACCGGGGAAACUGGGCAGACGGGGUCGUGCUGGCGCAGACGGUGCCCGAGGCCUCCCGGGGGAAACCGGAGCCAAGGGUGACAGGGGCUUCGACGGGCUGCCGGGGCUGCCGGGCGAGAAGGGCCACAGGGGUGACCUGGGCAAACCGGGACCCGCGGGCCCCCCCGGGGAGAAAGGCGCCAAGGGCUCUGACGGGCUCCCGGGGCCGCGGGGACAACCCGGGGAACCCGGUACACGAGGCCUGAUCGGCUCCCGUGGCUCCCCCGGCCCCCCUGGCCCCCCGGGUGCCAGCGGCAUCGACGGAGCGCCGGGGCCCAAAGGCAACGUGGGAAUCCAGGGGGAGCCGGGACCCCCGGGACAGCAAGGGAACCCCGGUCCCCAGGGUCUGCCGGGCCCCCAGGGCCCCGUCGGGCUGCCGGGGGAGAAGGGCCUGCCGGGGAAGCCGGGAAUACAAGGUGUGGCUGGGGCCGACGGGCCCCCGGGUCACCCUGGCCGAGAAGGGCCAGCCGGAGAGAAGGGCCUCCAGGGCCCUGUGGGUGCCCCUGGUCCCGUCGGUUACCCCGGACCCCGUGGGGUGAAGGGAGCUUUUGGCGUGCGGGGCCUGAAGGGCAGCAAAGGGGAGAAGGGAGAAGAUGGAUUUCCCGGCUUUAAGGGGGACAUGGGCCCCAAGGGUGACAGGGGUGACCAGGGCUCGCUGGGCCCCCGCGGUGAGGACGGUCCCGAGGGGCUGAAGGGGCAGACGGGGCCCGUGGGGGAAUUGGGUGCUCCUGGCCCUGCUGGCGAGAAGGGCAAGCUGGGUGUGCCGGGUCUCCCAGGCUAUCCAGGGCGCCAGGGCCCCAAGGGCUCUAGUGGCUUCCAGGGCCCCGUGGGGCUGGUGGGAGAGAAAGGCAAGAGGGGCAAGGCCGGCCCAGCUGGGCAGACGGGACAGCGAGGGCCCCCGGGCCUCCCAGGCGAGCGAGGUCUGCCCGGUCCCACGGGGAAACCCGGCCCAAAGGGAGAUCCUGGCCAUGACGGGGCCCCCGGUGCGGUGGGAGAGAAGGGUCCCCAAGGUCCGCAGGGACCCCACGGCUUCCCGGGCACAAAAGGUCCCCCCGGUCCCGCUGGGAAGGAUGGUUUGCCAGGACACCCAGGCCAGCGUGGCGAGCCGGGGUUUCAUGGCAAAACGGGCCCCCCUGGCCCCACGGGGGUAGUGGGACCCCAGGGUAAAUCAGGCGAAACGGGGCCCGUGGGAGAGAGGGGACACCCAGGCCCCCCUGGCCCCCCCGGGGAACAGGGCCUGCCUGGAGCUGCUGGCCAAGAAGGAGCCAAGGGUGACCCUGGCCCCGCGGGGGGCCCCGGGAAGAACGGCCCCCCAGGCAUCCAUGGCUUUCCCGGCACCCGGGGGGCACCCGGAGAGACGGGUCCGCCUGGCUUGAAGGGGGGGGAAGGUCCUCCUGGUCCCCCUGGACCCACGGGUUCCCCCGGUGAGCGAGGCCCCACAGGGGCUGCUGGAGGCAUCGGGCUGCCAGGCCGGGGGGGUGCACAGGGCCCCCCUGGUCCCAUUGGCGAGAAGGGCUCCCCGGGUGAGCGAGGUCCCAUGGGUCCGGCCGGGCAAGACGGCAUCCAGGGCCCCGUGGGGCUGCCGGGUCCGGGCGGCCCCCCCGGCCCUGCCGGAGAAGAUGGGGACAAG